AUGUCGAGCUCUGGAAAGGUUCUGCUUGCGUAUUCUGGUGGAUUGGACACCUCUACGAUUCUUUCGUGGCUUAUUGACGAAGGCUACGAUGUCGUCGCCUACAUGGCCAACGUCGGUCAGGAGGAGGACUUUGACGCUGUGCGCGAAAAAGCGCUCAAGUGCGGUGCGAAGGACUUUAUCCUCGACGACAUGCGCCGCGAGUUUGUCGAGGAGCUCAUCUUCCCUGCAGUGCAGGCCAAUGCGAUCUACGAGGAUGUGUACCUGCUCGGCACCUCGCUCGCCCGCCCGGUCAUUGCCCGCGGUAUGAUUGAGACCGCCGCCAAGACCGGCUGCGAGUUCGUGUCCCACGGCUGCACUGGCAAGGGCAACGACCAGGUGCGCUUCGAGCUUGCGUUCUACGGCCUGAACCCCGACAUUAAGGUGAUUGCGCCGUGGCGUAUCCCCAAGUUCUACCAGCGUUUCGCCGGCCGCAGCGCCCUGCUCGAGUACGCUGCGUCCAAGGGCAUCCCCGUGACGCAGACCAAGGCGAAGCCGUGGUCGACGGACGAGAAUCUGUUCCACAUUUCGUACGAGGCGGGUAUCCUUGAGGACCCCAACACGACGCCCCCCGACGACAUGUGGAAGCUCACCGAGUCGCCGCAGCGUGCGCCGGAGCAGCCCGAGAAGAUCACGAUCGAGUUCAAGCAGGGUAUCCCCGUCAAGGUGACGCUCACCGAGUCUGGCAAGAGCUUCACCGACUCGGUCGAUGUCUUUUUGCAGCUGAAUGCGCUCGCGCGCAAGCACGGUAUCGGCCGUGUGGACAUUGUCGAGAACCGCUUCAUCGGUGUCAAGUCGCGUGGCUGCUACGAGUCGCCCGGUGCGACGAUCCUGCGUGCCGCGCACAUUGACCUCGAGGGCCUGACGCUCGACCGCGAGGUGCGCCGUAUCCGCGACCAGAUCGUGACCACGAAGCUGUCCGAGAUCCUGUACUAUGGCUUCUUCUUCUCGCCCGAGAGCAAGUUUGUCCGCGGUUGCAUCCCUCCCAGCCAGACGACGGUCAACGGCACGGUGAAGCUCUCGCUGUACAAAGGCAACGUCACGAUCGAGGGCCGCAGCUCCGAGGAGCUCCUCUACGACGAGGCCUUCACCUCGAUGGACGAGAUGGGCGGCUUCGAGCCAGAGCAGACCUCGGGCUUUAUCGCUGUGCAGGCCAUCCGCCUGAAGCGCUACGGCCUCGGCCUGCAGCAAAAGGGCCAGGCGGGCUCCGACGUGAAGUCGGCCUAUGCGCUUGAAUAG